AUGCCCUCAACUUCGAACGAAGCACAGGUCACCAUCGAACCCACAUACAAGCCAUCCACCGAAAGCAAGAUGGAGGAGGCUGCUGGGGAGUUUGAUCGGUUGAUUCUCAACGCGAAUCCUCCCAAAGAAGAGGAGGAAUUAGGCAAUCCUGAAGCCACACUGGGCGAGACCCUCGACCUAGAUGACUCCUUGAUGGACCCUGUCUGCAUCAGCAAGACACUCGGGUCGCUGUACGAUUACAUUGCCGACACUCUCCUCCGUACCAACGAGGAGCUCGCUGGUCUCAACGGGAGCCUCAAUAUCGACAGCAGCUGCCAUGCUCUGAUGGGACAGAUCAAUGAGCUCCGACCCAUCCUUGCCGAGUACGCGAUACAAUGGGAGAAGUCAGCGGGGGCAACGGACAUACCACUCGACCCCAGCCUAUCGUUGUGGUUGUCAUCCCUAGAGACCAUCGUCUCGAAACUGCGGAGGAAGAGUAGACGUUGGUCGCGACAUGCCAAUACGGAGGAGGGCAAAAAGGUCCAUUCGGCCCUGCUCCAAUUAGAUGCGGCUCUGGAUAACCACAUCAAACAGAUGAAGGACUUCUUGCCCAUUAUCCAAGUCGAUUACAACGACUACCGGACGCAAAACAUGCCUUUCCCCAUCGACGAGAUUGAUGACGAGUGCAAAUCUCCCAGGCACGGGGGCAAUAUCCCGCCACGGCCCACAGACCGCCUCUCUCAAGUUCGGAAUGCCAUGUACUCACUGAAGGACCAACUUCAGAAGACGGUGGAGAUCCUCGCCAUUGGCCAGAAUUUCCUCUCCGAGCCUGCAUGUGCGACUGCCUCAGAUAUCGUGGUACGUCUGGGGUCGACGAUCAAUGCCGCGUCUCUCGCCCUGACCAACAACGGUUCCGAGUGGCUUGAGAGCGACCUCGGCCGCGCCCAGAUCGGGUUGUUGUCACACGCAGAGUUCAGCCACCUGGACCCCAAAACCCUUCACGAGUUCAAGGUCCGUCUGCAGCAGAUCUGCAACCUGUUGUCCAACCCUGCCGACCAUAAGCAGUGGACCGACGAGAUGGUGCGCGGCCACCAUGUUUACAUGCUCGUGGAACAGCAGCAGCUCGACGCGCUUGGCAACAUCGCGUCCGUCUUGCAAGAUUUGUUGAUGCCGAAGCACCUCAAGACCAAGACCGAGUUUGACGAUUUCUUGAAGGAGAUGUAG